AUGAAUGACAUGCUUCAAAAGGUGAGCCACUUUCUCAAGCAUUCUUGGCUCCAGUACGAGGAUUGCGUGCCAUCCAUGCUGACUGCCACACUGCACAUCAACGAUUCAUCUGCAGUAUCUGGUCACCUGGCGACGUUCAUCGGAGAAACACAAGCCAUGUGGAGCAACGAGGCCUUCAUCGAAGAAGCGCACAUGGCAGUGGGUGCCUUUGAAUGGCACUCUCCGGGGGAGGGCAGCACGGAGAUUGGCACUGGCCGGGGCCGGCUGGCCAUGUCAGCAUAUGCACCACGAUCACACGAUGAAGAGACACUCAGGCAGCCACAGGCGCUGCGGCGUGCCACGCACCAGCGCGACCUCGGCCUCACAGCCUUGCUCAUCAUCCUCACCAGUUGGGGGGACGUGACCUACGUGCAUGGGCUGGUCAAGGGUCUUCCGGCGGUGGGGUUUGCACCGCCCUACGGGGUGUUCCCAGCCCAGGUUGCCGAACCGAUCUCCCUCGAGGACGUCCUGGGCGAUUGGCAGACGGUGGCAUGCCGAAAUCUUUGCCGCUCGAAAUGCAACCGCGCCCUUCACAGCUCACCGUUCCUUGGCCACCUUGAGCACACAGUGGAGUGCCGGAGAAUCAGGCCCUCCAGGCCCAGGGUCUUCAGACAUUUAUCCCAGCCUGAGCGGUAG